AUGUGUGCCGCCCAAAUCCACCCGCCGCCUCCCAAGCGCAGAUGCCUAUCCCAAGCAGAACCGGGUCCAUACGUCCUCCGUCAUGUCCUCGAUGACAUCCCCUUGGUGACUGAAGAUGGGCGGCAGGAUGUUUCGGUAACAUGUGUUGAGUACUGGAAUAACAACUUGUAUAUCGGAACCUCUGCCGCCGAGAUCCUCCAUCUUGUUGCAAUCCCAUCCGAAGACGUGCAUGAUACUACCGCUCCCACCUUCAUUCUUGCCUCCCGCCUUCAACCCAGCGGCCAUGCCGUUUCCAACGAGUCUGCGACUGCUCCUGGCAUACAACAAAUCUUAGUCUUUCCAGGCCCUUCGAAGGCCUGCGUUUUGUGCAAUGGUGUGGUUUCAUUCUACUCGCUUCCCGAGUUCAGCCCUGCUUUUCCGAACAGAGAGCCCGCCGGAGUGCAGUGGAUCGGCGGAAUAGAUGAAAAUGAAGACAAGGAACACCCAGACGGUCCGGUGGUAAUGAUUGCCAAUUCUCGACGAAUCCUGCAGGUCAGAGUCGGCGAAAGAUUACGUGCGAUCAAGAAUAAUAUCGAGUAUCCAGGCUGUCUUCGUUCAAGCAGGCGAGAAACCAUCGCUUGUGUCGCCGACGACACUAGUUACGCUCUACUUGAGGUCGAACACCAACAAAAAAUUCCUUUGUUUCCAAUAUCUUCAGUGCCUGAGGUCCGUGAGCCGACGCCUCCUCCGAGUCGAUCUCCGGCCACUUCUCCCCCUCCUACCGAGUCCGGACAUGCGAGAAGCACAAGUAUGGGCAACCUCGUAGGCAACACCAUCAGUAACCGAGACAAUUCCUCCAACGAGCCAACGACUGGUGGUCCCGACCAAGGGAGCAGUGCUCAGUCUCCAGUUCUCUCACUGCCCGCAACAGAACCUGAUGGAACCAUCAAAGGCCGCCCACGAGCCGCAACGGAUAGCACCCCUGCCAAAUCUGCCAGCGUCAGUAGCCUGGGAUCCCUCCAAAAGCUCAAGCCUCAUAUCCUCUCUCCAUUCCCAAGUGAGUUCAUGCUCACUACGGGCACGGCUGAAACAGAACCAGGAGUAGCUAUGUUUGUCAAUCUGGAUGGGGAUGUCGUUCGUGGGACCCUUGAAUUUCAAGUUUAUCCUGAAGAUCUCCUGGUGGAUAACUUUUUUGUCCCGGAGAAUCCUACCGGCCCAGCUCCAGACGACGACGGGCAGAUCAUUUUUGCCCUGAUACGAAGAGGUGAAGGGACCACCAUCGUCAGAGGCCUUGAAGCUCAACAGAUACAAAACGCUGCAGAUUCAAUCCACCCCAAGUCUUGGAUACCUUUGCCUCGUGUCAGCACUCCACAGCCACCCAAUGCUGGCCUCCGACACACGCUCAGUAGCCAUGCGCAUUCUUUCGGAAUUGCGAGAGACUUGCUUCAACUUGUCCCAUUGUCGCUUGGGCCUCUGAGAUCACAUCAGGACCAUGACCCCAGGACACAAUCUGCCGUUGAACAACUUGAACAGGAGCGAGCACUCUUUGAAAGCGUGUCUGCACUGACCCACGUGGAGACCUCAGUUGAACUGGUCACCAAACGUGCUGUGGAAGAAGCCAAAUUUGCAACCCGGCUAGGCAAAAGCUAUACCAAGAAUCUUGUGUUCCAAGGGAAAGACAUUUUCAUGAUCCUUCAAAACCCACUGAUCUCACAAUUGGAACAUCGAUUGGCACAAUACACAGUGGACGGCCGCGUUGCGGACCUCAACCCAAGUCAAGUCUUUGGUUUUCUUGCGAGCAUUCAUGGUCGUGAUCCAAAAGACGAAACGGAGUUCUUGACACUGAACUACAUCAAGCAGAAAUCAAGCCUCAUCCUGUUCUUGUACUUACAGUCCCACUUAUCAGCAAAUGACAUCUUGAGAGCUGUUGAGAACACCCUCCAUGACGGUGGCCUCGAUCCCCGGGUCCCACUUCUCAUGUUGUCUCCUCUGGCUGGUGAGGUUCUGUACGGGCCGGAAGGUAUCUGGCUCCACCAGGGAAUGACGGAUCUCCUCGAUGAAUUCCAAGCCAAAGUUUCCACGUUCGAGGAUGCCCCCAUUGAUUUCUGGAUGAUGAUCCGUCACUUUCUCAUGCUCUGGCAGGAAAAACGAGGAUAUGGCAGUAUCAGCGACGAGAGGCACAUCUUUGACUCGGUCGAUGCUGCACUGCUGCACGUCCUUCUCCAUCUUGACCAAACUCUACCGCGGAAUAGUGGCGCACAGAAGUCAGUCGGAACCAAACUGAACAAUGUGGUGGAUAACUGGAAAGGUAAUCUCGAUCGAGCUGCAUUCCUUCUUGAAAAGUACAACCGACUCUUUGUCUUGAGUCGACUUUACCAGAGUAAGAAAAAAGCCCGCGAUGUCCUCGCAACAUGGAAGCGGAUCAUUGAGGGCGAAAAGGAUUUCGACUAUGGAGAUAAUAUCGCAUAUGUCGAGGAAAAGUUGCGGAGAUACCUGGCGGUCAUACGGGAUGCUGACUUGGUCCAAGACCAUGCUCUCUGGCUUGCUCGGCGCAAUCCUGAGCUUGCUGUUGAGAUUCUCACCGACGAUUCAGCACGCGUCAGAUUCAAUCCCCAGCAACUCGUGGCAUUAUUGAAACAACAGGCACCAGGCGCAGUUCAGCAGUACUUGGAGCAUCUCGUCUUUGGCAAAGGACUUGACAAGUACGCUGACGAUCUCAUCGGGUACUACCUUGACUCCGUCCUCACCGUGUUGGAAGAUUCUGAAGUCGCUCGAACGUCACUUGCGGAAAGCUAUUCAACAUACCGUGCGCUUGAAACGCCAAAGCCCACCUAUCUUGACUUUAUCAAUCAAAAUGCACCUUCUGAGCACUGGUGGCAAUCUCGACUUCGCCUCCUUCAACUGCUAGGUAGUGGUGCCUACGCCAGUGAUGGCGCUUCGGGCAAAGAUUUGACAUAUUCGGUGCCAAUGGUCUUGGAGCGCAUGGCACCCUAUUCCUCAUAUCUAGUGUCAGAGUCGAUCAUUCUCGAUGCUCGUCAAGGUCGACAUAAAGAAGCUCUCAAACUAUUGACCCAUGGUCUUGGCGACUUCGACACUGCAAUCCGCUACUGCUACUUUGGGGGACCAGCACCAUCCCAGUCACAGACCAUCGAUGCCGGUGCGCUUCCAUCUCGGGCACAACAAUCAGCGCUGUUUGAUUUCCUGUUCCACGAAUUCCUCACCAUAGCAGACCACGAAGACCGUCUCGAGCGCACCAGUCAUCUGCUAGGCAGAUUUGCGAAUUUUUUCGAUCCUCUGACCAUUCUCCAGGAUGUGCCCGACUCGUGGACCGUGGAGAUGAUGUCUGAAUUUUUGGUGCGCAGUUUCCGUGCUGCAACCACUGAACGCAAUCAAGCCAUUAUUCUCAAGGCUCUGAGCGCCGCACAGAAUCUGCAGAAGCAAGUGGAGUUUGUCGAGGUCUGCGAAAAGUUUGGUGCACACUUUGAUAGGGGCCCAUCCCGUGAUAGCACAGGUGGACGAGCUGGCGCUGCUGUCGAUGAUGUUGAGAUGGCGGUCGAUCUCGAAGUUCCAUGA